AUGGCGUCGAACUCAAGCUCGAGUCAGACAAACAAGAAUGAUAUGGACGGCCUAUUGCUUUCAUCAUACCAAUCGGCAAUCAGCCCUGACGCUACGGAUAAUCCAUUCAACGCCAGCAGCUCCAUCGUCCUAGAACACCCGGGCACGCAGGGUACUCUCUCAUGUGAUGUACUGAAAGAGUAUGGUACUUACAACUUCUUCUACAAGUAUAGUAAAGAGGACAUUAAACCGCUCAUGUGCAAGUGCCGGGGUUUGUGUAUCGAGUAUAACGUGCCGGCGGACGUAGCGGAAGAGAUUCAGCAGAGCUCCUACGACCCACUGUCCGAAAAGAACAAACCCGAGUUUAUAGCUGUCGUCACUGUCUUCGCGGUCAUCUUCGUUGUCGGUUGUAUUGGGAACGUGUUGAUCGUGUACGGGCUGUUGUUCUGGAAGAAGCACAGGACGCCAACCUUCGCCUUUAUCAUCAGCCUCUCCUGCUCCGACUUGCUGCUUCUGAUAGUCUGCAUGCCGCUGAAGGUGACUGAGCACUUUUACCUCGCCUCCAUUUUUACGGAAGUGACGUGUAAGCUGUCGUAUUAUAUUCGUGACGUCAUCCUUAUUUGUUCUGUCCUCACCUUGACCACCAUCAGUUUUGAAAGGUACUAUGCCAUCUGUCGGCCCCUUGUGGUUCAGUAUAGAUGCACAUGGGCGCGUGCACGGAAAAUCAUCCUCAUCACGUGGUCCACGUCGUUUGCGCUAGCAACACCAACGAUAUUUAUGACGAAGUACUUCAAACCUGAUGUGUUCAUCUACUGGGAGUGCCGGCCGCUAUCCAAGAACGAGCUCUAUCAGGCACUCUUCUUCGGCUACCUGAUCGGCGUGUUGUUCGUACUUCCAGCGCUCAUCAUGCUGGCAACGUACGGCCUCAGCUGUCGUGGGCUCUGGCGCUCAACCCUCGCGUCACGAACACUUCAAGGCGUCAAAAGGGAAACUUACGUCAAGUGCGGUAACGGUCGUCAUUCCAUAAACACCAAGACGUCACCACGAGAGGAUGACAUCACAUCGAGACGUCGUGUUAUCAAGGCGCUUAUCCUGAUCGUGAUCGUGUUUAUCGUCUGCUGGGGCGCGCGACUCACGGUCCAAGCGAUGAACGCUAACAACAUGGCAGCCCGGCGCGGCUCCCUACAGCCGCUCAUCACGGAGGCCCUGACGUAUCUCAGUAGUGCCCUGAAUCCCUUCCUGUUCAUGGCAAUGUCUUCGCAGUUUUGUCCGAGGUCCCGCUGCUGCUGCCGCCUGAUCCGCGGGGGGAGGGGACCGAGGGCUAGCGCCGGUGGCUCCACUAUCAAGAGCUCUUCCGGUUCAACGGCCACGGGCAUCGCCUCUAACAUUGCCGCUCAUCUGGAUGAAAGCUCCUCCUGUAUUUGA